AUGGUCUUUGCGCUGCCACUGCUGCUGUCGCUGCCCGCGGCUUGGCAGACCUCGCCACCACUGGCGCUUGCACCGGUGCCGGUGUCGGUUGGCUCGCCGCCGGUGCCGCCGGUGCCGCUGCUGCCGCGGCCGCCACUCUCCCCGGGCUUUGUCGCCGCAGCGAGCGAUGCUGCUUUCCGCAACCUGAUCGAUGGGCUAUUGGGCUCCUCUGCGGCGGUCGCUCUGCGGCUGAUGCUCCUCGCCGCCUGCUGCGGACUCCUGGGCGCGAGCUGCGUUGACCAUUCGGGACCCUCAUCGAGUGACCCUUCAGGAUUGCCAUCUAAGAGGGAGGGCGGCGUCGUCUACGCGUAUUACAGCGGUGCAGUCUCGAUAAUCGGCUCGAACGUGACGGGCUGCUCGGCUGGCUAUAACGGCGGCGUCGUCUACGCGUAUUACAGCGGUGCGGUCUCGCUAGUCGGCUCGAAUGUGGCGGGGUGCUCGGCUGGCGAUUGGUACGGCGGCGUCGUCUACGCGUAUUACAGCGGUGAGGUCUCGCUAGUCGGCUCGACCGUGACGGGCUGCUCGGCUGGCCGGGUCGGCUUCCAGCCCAAGUUCAAGGUCCUGGUCAGCUUCUACCAGAUCGCUACGACGCUUGGCCCCGUCUACGGCGUCCGCCUCAACGAGACCUUUACGCGCUGGACCAACUUUAUGGACUCGCUCAGCUUCGACCUCCUUGGCCUCACCUACCCGGGCGCGUGCAUGGGCUCGAUGAGAAUCCGGCUCAUGGUUGCCGGCUUGUGGCCUCUCGUUGCCAUAUUGCUUGAAGGCGCCGCCCUCGCCUGCCACGCCUUCGCAGUGUGGCUUCUGUCUGGUCGCGCCGACGAUCUCCGGCGCGACCUUGUCCGAGCCACGCUGCGCCGCAUCCUCUACUGGGCCAUCCUCGUCGCCUACCUUGUGCUGCCUUCCGUCUCUCGUACCAUUUUGAAAGUGGAGCAGUGCGAAUCCUUUGCCGUCAACGACUUCACCGGGGAGAGGCGCAGCUACCUCGUGGCCGACCUCACCGUGCUCUGCAGCGCCGACGACGACGAGUACAGCGGCCUCGACGCCUACUUUUGGGCCUUCUUCGUCCUUUGGCCGGUGCUCAUCCCGCUAGCUUUCCUCGCGCUCCUCCUUUCGAUCCGCUCCGAGGUGCAAGCGCAGCGGGUCACCCCGCUUGCCGGCGCCAGCCGCUUCCUCUGGCGCGACUACGACCCGCGCUUCCUCUUCUGGGAGGUCGUCGAUAUGGGCCGCAAGCUCUUCCUCGCCUCGCUGGUGCUCUUCAUUCAUACCGAGUACGGAUCGAGCAAGCUCCUCCGCCUCUUCGUCGCUUCUGUCGUCUCGGGCCUCUACCUCGCCGUCCUCACCCUCGCCCGGCCCUUCAAGCGCGACGACGACCUCUACCUCGCGUGCACCGCCAAUCUCUUGCUCUUGUGCUGCUUCAUCUCGGGCACCGUGAUUCAGCUGUGCGAGAGCGCUGCUUACGAGAACAUGUGCUACACCCUCGUCGGCUUCGACAGCGCGCACGGAGCGAGUGAGUUUGUCAUUGCGCUCACCGCCGCAAUGCUCGCUACGUCGCUGCUCGUCGUCUUCUUCAAGACAGUGAGCGCCGUCCGCGCGCCCACCAUCCGCCUCGCCUCCACCGAUCGCCCUCCCGCCCUCGAGCUGUGCCCCGAGUGCCACUUCCACGGCUUCAUCUCGCACGCCUGGGGGACCGGCCAGGACCAGACCCACACCGUCGUGCGGCGACUGCAGCUGCUGAUGCCCGGCGUCCGGAUCUGGCUCGACGUCGAUAACCUCGACGAUGUGGGAAGGCUCGAGGAGGCGGUGGCCGAUGCGAUGUCUUUUCUCGUCUUCCUCAGCGCCGGCUACUUCAAGAGCUUCAACUGUCGCCGCGAGCUGUACGCUGCGCUCGCCUCGAACCGGCCCUUCAUCCCCAUCUUCGAGGCCGACGCCACGAAGGGCGGCGCUUCUCUUGCUGCGUUGCAGGCCGAGUGCCGCGAGAGCUGCGUCGAGGUCGCCCCGCCCGCCUACCCUUCCUACCGCGGGCCAGACGAGAUGCUCGCGCGCGUGUUUGAGGAGGCGGAGCCGAUCGUGUGGGUACGGGUGAACGCCUUUCAGCUCGAGUCGCUCAAGGCCGUCGCGCUGCGCAUGCUGCUGCACUCUCCGUUCUACGCGAGCCACCCGGCCGAGCUUGCUGAAGGAGUGAUGGUGCCCGGCGAGGCAGGUCCCGUCGCCUUCAGCGGCCCCGUCACCAUCCUCGUGUGCCGCGGCAACAAGGGCGCCUUUGGCGUAGCAGACGAAGUCAAGGCGGCGGCGAAGGAGGGGGGCGGCUCUGCUGCAUCCGAGAUGGUUGUGAUCCGCGAUGCGGAGGAGGCGCUCGAGGGAGCCAGCGCGGCCCCUCUCUCAGGGCACUUCGUGCUCCUACUCUACCUGAAUGAUAAGACCUUUCUCGAUGCGGGCGGCACCGUCACUCGCCUCGUGCAAGACGCAAUGGACCGGCGCAUCGCCAUCGUGCUUGUCCACGAGCAGGACCCUAGCUGCGGUGGCCGCCCGUUCCGGCACUUUGUUCAGCAGACGCCGCAGGUCUUGCAGCGGUCGCCGUACAAGCUCUACGACACGGUGGCGGUGCCGCUCUACCCGUCGGAGGAGCACCGCCGGGUGAGCCUGCGCCUCGUGCUGCGUGGCAUGGGAGCGUCACCGUGCAGCGCGGGGAUGCUACGGCGGCAGUGGCAGCUCCUUCGCCGCCGCAUCGCGGUGGCGCGUCUCCGAGAUGCCGCAUACGCGCGCUUCAGAUAUGGGCUGCAGCACCCUUGA